AUGACGCCCAGAGUGCAAGAAGACUCGAUGCAACUGACUUCUGUGAAGUUUCCCUCGUACACGGAUCUUUGCCGAGUCCAAGUGGACCUAUCCAAAGGCGAUGUGCCGUCGUGCAUUGUCACAGAUACGAGUGUGCAUGCCCCGAAGUCGGCCUCGUAUGUGUUGCCUUCAGCUGUGGUUAUCUCGAUUUUGCAGGUGCACUGCUGCAAAGCCCAACCCAUCGAUUCAAGAUGCUCCGUGGACUUGAAGGACGGAUUGAAAUGUCAUGUGAAAAUGCUGCUGACAUUGAAAGCAUUUGGACAAUUGUCGGCCGAGUACUCAUUCGAGUUGGCCCCCCUCGAGGUGGACGCGAUUGAAAAGCUCGAGUCCAUGAUCCGAGACUUGAACGAAGAGAUUGCGGUGAUUGCGAAUGCCCCAAGUCCCCUCGAUGAAGUUGCGGAACUGCGCCAAGAAAUAACCGAGCUUCGCAAUUGA